UACGGCUUUCCAUUGCUUGGUUUUGCCCAAGUAUCACUAUUAGCUUUCGAGAACGGCGGAGUGAAUCAACUUCAGCGAUCACCCGGGUUGGCAAACGCAUCUACAACCAGUGUUGUAACCCCUAAUGUAGACACUCUUUACGGCGUCGCCGUCUUUGAUCUUGCCGUGGAUGACAUCGUGGUCACUAUUCCGUCCAUUCCGGAGAACGAACGUUACUAUAGCUUUGCUUUCUUUGAUCCAUACGGUACCAAUUUCGUUACUCUUGGGUCUGAGCCAGUACCAAUCUCACCGGGGAACUAUUUACUACGACGUGGCAGCAAGACAUGGGGAUUUGAACAGUCAAAUAACAAGGACUACCAAGGUUAUAUCGACUCUCCCACAGGCAAUGGUGUUUUCCUCACGAGAAUUGAAGUCAAGAACAACAAUACGGACAUUUCUGUGGUCGAGGGUUAUCUCAAUGGAACAAAUCUAUCUCCCAUUCCUCGUGAAUCUGGCGACUCUCUGCCAGAAUUACCCCCCUUAACGCCAGCAACAUUUGCUGGCCUGAAAGGCUUGUCCACGCCACUACAAACCCUUGAACUGACAGCUCGCUUACAAGCUGCAAACCCUCCUUUCAAUGUAACUGAUGCUGCAUUUAUUGAUGCCACACUGUUUGCUGCAGGUAUUCGUAACGGGACAUAUCAUCAGCCUGCAGGAAUUGACCUGGAAAAAGCCAAUACCUUGGCAGAUGCCGAGAUUGGAAUCUACAGCGAGACCGGUCGUCAGUUGCUAGGUAAUCAAUGGGCCCGGUACAAUCAUCAAGGGCUGUAUGGAGACAACUUCGCCGCCCGCUCACUGCUAGCACAAAUUGGAUAUCUGAACCUGCAGGAAUCCCAAGCAAUUUAUCCGUUCUCGCUCACAGAAAAAGACGGCAAUACAUCUAUUGCGCAUAACGAAGCACUUUUGUACACCUUUGUUGGAGGAAAACCACCAACUCUGUCACCAGGAGGAUUUUGGAGUGUCACUAUGUACGAUGCCGAGCAUUUUCUGAUUGACAAUUCUCUCAACGUGUAUGCUCUUGGCGAUCGGAGUAAUCUAACAUAUCCUGACGGAACCCCUGUUUAUGGGCCAACGUCCGGGCCAGAGAAUGAUGCUCGCGUAUUCCAGAUUCUCAUUCAGGCGGUUGAUGUUGCCCCUCCGCAAAACUGGACAAACAAUUGGCUUCCUGCUCCCAGUAAUGGA